AAUAUAAGGCACUUGUAAACUUAGUCGCCAUUUUGCGCAAAUUUUUACGCGAUUUUUGUUUAUAAACACAAGAAAUAAUACACAAAAACAAAGCGUUUGGAACCUUUGAAGACCAAUCAUGGCGUCCCUACCGCCGAAGAGGAAAGAAAUCUACAAAUAUGAGGCACCUUGGACGUUGUAUAGUAUGAAUUGGAGCGUCAGACCGGACAAAAGAUUCCGGUUGGCUGUGGGCAGUUUUGUGGAAGAGUACAAUAACAAGGUUCAGAUAGUGUCGUUGAAUGAAGAGACGUCAGAAUUUGAGGCUCGGAGCACCUUCGACCAUCCAUACCCGACCACCAAGAUCAUGUGGAUCCCAGAUAGUAAAGGAGUAUUUCAGGAUCUAGUGGCAACGAGUGGUGAUUACCUGAGGGUAUGGAGAGUGAGUGAUACAGACACAAGGUUGGAAUGCCUCCUCAAUAACAACAAGAACUCAGAUUUCUGCGCCCCGUUGACGUCCUUCGACUGGAACGAGGUGGACCCUAACAUAUUGGGAACAUCAAGUAUCGACACAACAUGUACAAUCUGGGGCCUUGAGACGGGCCAGAUGCUAGGGAGGGUUAACAUGGUCACGGGCCACGUCAAGACACAACUCAUUGCUCAUGAUAAGGAGGUUUACGACAUAGCCUUCAGCCGUGCAGGCGGCGGUAGAGACAUGUUUGCUUCAGUCGGUGCCGACGGCUCGGUCAGGAUGUUUGACCUUCGACAUCUGGAGCACUCCACGAUCAUCUACGAGGAUCCUCAGCAUCAUCCGUUACUAAGGCUGGCCUGGAAUAAACAGGAUCCAAACUAUCUUUCCACAAUGGCCAUGGAUUCAUUUGAGGUGAUCAUACUGGACGUUAGGGUAGCCUGUACUCCAGUUGCAAGACUCAACAACCACAGAGCCUGCGUCAAUGGCAUAGCCUGGGCUCCACACUCAUCUUGCCACAUCUGCACUGCAGCCGACGACCACCAAGCCCUGAUUUGGGAUAUCCAGCAGAUGCCUCGUGCAAUCGAAGACCCCAUCCUCGCAUACACCGCUGACGGCGAGAUCAACCACAUCCAAUGGGCAUCCACGCAACCUGACUGGAUUGCUAUCUGCUAUAAUAACUGCUUAGAAAUACUCAGGGUCUGAAAUAAGUAGCUGAUCAACUAAUGCUAAGGUGUGGAUCAACUACCCCAGAUUGGUUGACGUCAACUACAAGUUUGAUUUGCUUCUAAACGGACCGCAUUGCAAAUUAACAAGAUUGCUAGCUGAUAUUACAACUACUCAAUGUCAGAAUCAAGUAGCUUGUCAACUAAUGUUGGGUGUGGACCAACUACUUGGGAUGGUUGAUAUCCACUACAUUUAGUACCCUAUGGAAUUGUAUCUGCGUGGACUGGAUUGCAAUCAUGACAUCAAUUUGUAGUACUACUUUGUGAUAAGGGUCUUAACCAACUGUCAUUCACCUAAUAGCAUUAGUGUGGAUCAACUAACUGAAGUUUGUGGAAAUCAACUGCAUGUGUGUGUACCUGUACAUUUUCUUCCAUUGAAUUGCAUCCACCUGCACUGGAUCACAGUAGUUGAACAAGAAUGCUGUCAACUAGUUCUAGUGGAUGAACACAGUGGUAAAUCAACUACACAUACUUACUGCGGCCAAGUUUGCAAUUAGGACUUGAUAUCGUUGAGCAUAGUUCGACCAAGUUAGCAUGCGCUGUGUUUAGUUGACGAUAUUUGAAAUAAUCUAUUGGACUUUUCGGAACCAGCCAAUUGGCCAUGGUCGCAUCGCUGGUUAUCAAUAGCUAUUUUCAUAGCACAGUGCAGAGUGGACCAGUUAAAAGAAAAUUAUAAUGUAAGCUGAGAUGGCAUGACUCGAGCCUAUUGCAUUAUAACUUCGGUGUGCAUGUCUUUUGUACGUCAGUAUUAAAACAAACAGUUAACCAUUUAUUGUUCUUGCAUGAACAUGGCCAGGAUUGACCCCUUUCGGCCGACCUAAAUAAACCUUUCUUGACUGGUUUGUCUGGCCCCCUAAUUCUUGCAACUACUAUAAUGAAGUCAUAACUCGCAUAGGCCCUUUUCCAAACCACUGCCUCUGCUUUGGAUUCCGCUCAGACUAGCUUGGCCUGCGGUUGUUUUGACAUAUGCGCGUGCUUUGCGUACGCCCUCCGGGCUUCAGACACGAGGAUAGAGCUUAAAGCCAAAUCCAAAGCAGAAGCCGUGGUUUCGACAAGGGCAAUAGACCUUAUGCAUUGGCCAAUGAACAACCUCCUUUUGACCUCAAGGCGUGGGUGCCGUACUGAAAUGACGUCAUGUGCAUAAGGUCUAUAGAAAAGUACAGCGACUGCCGACAGACUGUUUUUUGUUAGCUUCCAGUCUUGGUUUGGUUGUAUGCAUUUGAUUGGAAGGUAAACAAGAAAGCUGCACCAUGAUAAUAAGCAGCCAACCUGCGUGUGGUAACGGGACAUGUUUCCGUCUUAUUUAGAAAUAGAAAACUCGAGGCAACUCAUUUAUGGCAUCACAUGAAACAUGCAUUAAAAACAAUCCAGGAUGAACUUA